AUGGAGACACUCGUUAAUUAUAUUGAACAACACAUUCUCAGUAUAAUUUUGUGCUUGAUAUGGCUUUUCCACUUUUGGAAUCUUUUUUUAAAUCUACGUCAGAGGAGAUUAAUGCAGCGUUUGGUUGAUUUACCAAAAUCUGUCGAAGGUUUAAUGACUAAAGAUGUAUAUGACAAAGCUCGUGCUUACGCAUUGGAUAAGAACAGCUUUGGUACUGUACAGGAAAUUUAUUCAAAGAUUAUUAAUACACUAGUCUUGGUAAGUUUGGGUUAUUACCAUGCAUGGCAGUGGAGCAUCGAAGUAAGCAAGUACUGUGGUUUUAACCAUGAGAAUGACAUAUUGCUAAGUGUAAUAUGUAUGUUUAUUAUAAACGUUAUUUCCCAUGUGAUUAAUCUACCAUUAGUAGUAUACGAAACUUUUGUUCUGGAGGAGAAAUAUGGUUUUAAUAAACAGACAGCUACAUUUUUUGUCAAAGACGAGAUCAAGAAGUUUGUCGUGUCCCAAAUUAUCGCGUUGCCUCUUCUUUGCUGUAUCAUCUAUACGGUGAAAUAUGGUGGCGAUUAUUUCUUCUGGUAUUUGUGGUUAUUGUCAGUAGUAAUCUCACUAUUCAUGAUGAUCCUGUAUCCAGAAGUAAUCGCCCCAUUGUUCGACAAGUACUCGCCGUUACCCGAAGGCGAGCUAAGGCAGAAGAUUGAGGAACUGGCAGAGUCUUUGAAAUUUCCUUUGUACAAGUUAUUUGUAGUUGAGGGCUCCAAGAGAUCGUCGCACAGUAAUGCCUAUAUGUAUGGUUUUUACAAGUACAAGAGAAUCGUGCUCUUCGAUACUCUCAUCAAGGGCUACUGCAAGAAGGAUGAGGGUGAUGCUGAUAAAGAUACUGGCUGUGAAACGAACGAAAUACUGGCGGUACUUGCACACGAAUUGGGCCAUUGGAAGCAUAAUCAUAAUUUGAAGGGAUUUAUCCUCAGUCAGAUAAUAGUCGUAGCCAAUUUUGUAAUGUUUGCAAAACUCUUGCGAUACACACCGAUGUAUACUGCUUUUGGUUUCACCGACUCCCAGCCUAUUUUUAUUGGAUUAAUUAUAGUAACGAUGUAUAUUUUAAUACCUCUGAAUACAGUCUUUAGCUUCGUUAGCGUGGUAAUCAGUCGAAGUUUCGAGUUUCAAGCAGACGAAUUUGCUACGAAAUUAGGACGUGGACAAUUUUUGAAGGCGGCUCUGUUAAAAUUACAAAAAGAUAAUCUGGGAUAUCCCUUGUUCGACAAACUCUACUCUAAUUGGCAUCAUUCACAUCCACCCGUGAUCGAGCGAUUGGAAGCGAUAGAUAAAAAACAAUAAAUUCCAUUUUUUUGUUUUUUUUAUCUACCAUUAAUUUCUUUUAUUUUGCGGCUUAAUCGAUUUCCAACGAUUAAUUUGCGGAUAUGAAAAGAAUACAAAUAAUCCGGAAUUUAUGUGACUUCAUAUAUAUGAAGUGAAGUUGUUUAAACUAUUUUAUGCAUUUUCCUUAUUUGUAUUAUCUUACGCAGAAAUAUCUCAGAAUAUUCAGUUGAAGGCCAAUUACAGGCUCAAAUAUACUUCCUUUACCUAUAAAUAACGUUAUCAUAAUGACAUUUAAUAUAUAUUUUUAAUAUCUGUUCUUAUAAAAUUUACUCCAAGUAGAAUAACGAUUUUUAAUAAAAUUUUAUCAUUAUUUAGCAUUUUUAUGCAUUAUAAUAUAUUGCAUUUAUAAACAUUCUUUUCUUCUGCGAUGCAGCAAAUCAUUAUACACGUACGUGUGUGUGUGUGUGUGUGUGUGUGUGUGUGUGUGUGUGACUGUGUGUGUGUGUGUGUGUGACUGUGUAUAUACAUAUAUAUCCAGUAUCACACUUUUAUUUUCGGUAAUCUUUUCUUUGAACAACGGACCACAAUAUUUUGUAUUUAUCUUUGUAGAUAAAUAUUCAUUGUAUUCAAUAUAGUGAGGAUAUCAUUAAUAUAUUCUAUUUUUCAAAGAUAAAAUAACUGUCAUAUCCUAUUCCAUUGCAUUUACGAUUAAAUCUCAAUCUUCGAUAUUAAGAUAUUUUCUAUCAUAUAUAAAUACGUACACAGAUAUGUAUGUACAUGCAGGUUCUAAAUGUCACUAUGUAUUCGUGAAUAUAAUAAACAUGAAAUGUAAAUUCC